AUCUUUAAUAAAAUGGAGAACGUUUUAGUGCGGUUUUUGACUUAAUUUUAUCGAAAACUCUUUAAAACUGCUCCCGAUUGCAGCGAUCUGUGUGUUAUCCAACCAAGGAAGGUUUAUUUCAAUAGUAGCAAGCUUUACCGGCCCGCAAAAUGCAAAAUGGAAGCAAUCCCAGGCGAUCAAUGAGUCACAUUGACCGUCACCGUAGCCUUCAGGGCGAACAUGGAAAUGACAUAGAUUCACCAUUACAGCUGUUCACCAAAGCAAAGAGCAAGAUCAACAAAACUUUUCAGGAAAUAACGGGAUACUUGGAAGAGGCAUCUAGUUAUCUGGAGGAAAAAUGUUAUAUCUCUGAGGAAUUUGUGGAUGAAGUUGAUAAAAGUUCGAAUGAGGUAUUGUACAUUACAUUUACAGACUGCAGUCCAUAAUAUUGGAUUGUGAUUAUUGAGUACAAUUCCCAUUAAAUUGAAGUCUUUUAUGGUUUAGACAGCAAACUUUUCAUGCUCCAAACCUAAUCAAAUCCAAUAUAUAUAGAAUAAAUUGCACUAUAUCCCAGGACAAAAAUGAAAGUGAUAUUUUAAUGAAUGAGACAGUUCUAUUCAGUGCUAGCUUAAUUAUGGGAGGUGGUUGUGUACUUCAAUUGAUCUAUGUGGGAGGAAACUCUGUUCUCUGGAACAGUGUUGAAUUACACACUAGCUACUUUAUUAUUUUUCUGUCUAACUGCAGAUAAUUGUACUUGUCAAGCUAGGAAAAGCACUGGUGCUCAAUGGGUUAAUUAGACCAUAUGCCCAUGUGUCUAGUUAACUCAUUGGGCACUAGUGCACUGCACUUCACAAGUAAAAUUAUCUGACUUUAGACAGAGUAAAAUAGUAAAUUGGGGUGCAAUGAGUCUUAUGUAAGUCGCGACUUAUUUUGUCACGUAUAAAUGGCCCUAAUGGGUCUACUACCCAUUAAGCAAGUGACAUUUCUUUAGAAACAUGUACGGCAAUAGAGCCAAUAUAAAUGUUGGCAGUUUUUGCUUGAAAUCAAUUUUGUCUCGCAUUUAUGAUUUCAAACAAGAACAACUAUCGCUAUCACUUGCCUAUUAUUAUGGCUUGAUUCACUUCCGGUUGGUGGAGAUGUUGUCAAAAACACUUGCUUAAGGCCAAGUAAAAAAAACUUAUGUUUCUCGUCCGGAUUUCUGCCAAAAAGCAGGGAAGCGGGGCAUUUUUAAAUUUUUUUUUUCUUAGCCAAAGUAAUAAGCUUUCAUACAGUUUAGUAAGAAAAAACAUGCAAUAUUAAAACCAUUGUUUAAAUUUUGUUUAAAUGAAUAUGCAGCCAAGCACGGCGAAGCAUGACAAGCAUGCUGUGAGUUCGUGGCGGUUUGUCGCCGUUGAAUUUGGUCAGCGGAUAGGAUUUUGAAUGAGCCCACAGUAGUUCCAGAUUAAUACUUCAAGUUAGCUUCAAGUUAUCAAAAAGAAAGUUCAAAAACAUGAAGCAAAAUUUGUAGAGGAAAACCAGCAAAAAAAAAGGAAGCGGCCAAGAAAAAGGAAGCGGGCAGUGACGAGAAACAUAUAUAUUUUUUUACUUGGCCUAAUCUCUGAUAUCUUCCUAAUUAUUGUGUACUGUAUAACCUUGUUUUAUGCAGGUCAAGGGCUAUCUCAGUCAAGUUGCAGGAAUCACAGAAGUGCUCAGCAGAGACAACAUGAAAGUGGCGUUCUUUGGUCGAACAAGUAAUGGCAAGAGUACUGUUAUUAAUGCCAUGUUGCGAGAUCGUAUCUUGCCAGCAGGGAUUGGCCACACAACAAGUUGUUUCCUUAGCGUGAGCGGAGCUGAAGUGGAUACACCGUAUGUUCUUACUCCUGACUCUAAAGAACAAAAAAAUAUUCAGGUAAAUAAGAGAAUUAUGUAUUCACAGACCUAGAGAGGCACUGUUUCUUAUGUUCUUAUUAAAUAGAUGCAUUCAGGGUCUUAGCUAGGAUUUUAGAUCUUGGGCGUGUUUCUAAUGACCAGGGCGUGAACAUGUCAAUUACCUUGAAUAGCAAAAUCACGGUUCUAGUUAUGCUCGCCAACAAUAAUGCUUGUGAUUGUUCUUUGCUAAUUUGCAACCAAAUACAAGGCGAGCAUACACUCAUACUUCGCACUGACAUUAAAAUAUUAAGUUAUUUCAGCAACUCUUGGGGGUAUUUAAAACCAUUUUAACACCAUACAGUUCCCAUUAUCCAUCAAAAUAUUAAAACAUUACGAAUCACUUUUGCCAAUUCAAAAACAACAGUAGAUUAUACAAACUUUCUUACGACGUAAAUAGGAAGAAAUUGAGUCUGAAAUUCUGUCUGUUGUAAGUGGCACCACCUUAUUUUAUAAACCUACACGGCCUUAUAUAAAUAAUGAAGCCGCGUUCAUUUUAUCUAGCCGUGUUUUUCCGCUUUCGGCCGCGAUAACACGGCCAACACGGCCCUCUAGCUAAGACCCUGGAUGCAUUAUUAUUAUCAGAGAGAUGCUCAUGUAUUUGAGCGGUUUCCAUAUUAGAGAGGUGUCUGUAUUAAAGAUGUGUCUGUAUUAGGAGGUAUCUGUAUCAGAGAUUGUCCAUAUCAGAGAGGUAUAUGUAUUAGAGAGAUGUCUAUAUUAGAGAGGUGUCUGUAUUAGAGGUAUCCGUAUUAAUUAGAGAGGUAUAUCUGUAUUAAUAGAGAGAUGUCCCUAUUAGAGAAAUGUCUAUAUUAGAGAGGUGUCCAUAUUAGAGACAUGUCCAUAUUAGAGAGGUGUCCAUAUUGCCUGAUAUUGGAGAGAUGUCCAUAUUAGAGAGGUGUCCAUAUUGGAGAGAUGUCCAUAUUAGAGAGGUGUCCAUAUUGGAGAGUAGAGCAGUGUGCCGGAGCUCCAGCAUAUUUUGCCAGAGCCGGCAUUGGAAAACUCUGGCAGACAAAAUUAUGAAAAAUUAUUUCAUAUUUCAACGAACAUUUGGCAUUAAAUGGGAAAAUUAAGUUGUUGUUUACUAAUAUAUUACUAUUUAUAUGUUGUUUUACUAUAUAUUACUAUGUGGUUUACUAUUAAUAGUGUUGUAAAAAGGUUUUUAAAAAAGAUAAAUUCUGAAAUUACACUGAAAUACUUUCGCCUGCUUCCACUUUUAAAUAUGGAAUUUCCUUAAAAAUGUCUUGCCGGACCCGGAGCUAAAAUAAUCGGAGUUUGCACAGCUCUGUUGGAGAGAUGUUCAUAUUAGAGAGGUGUCCAUAUUGGAGAGAUGUCCAUAUUAGAGAGGUGUCCAUAUUAGAGAGGUGUCCAUAUUAGAGAGGUGUCCAUAUUGGAGAGGUGUAUGAAUUAGAUAGGAAUCCAUAUUAGAGGGAUGUCUGUAGAGACGUGUCCAUAUUAGAGAAGUGUUCAUAUCAGAGAGAUGUCCAUAUUAGAGAGGUGCCCAUUUUGGAGAGGUGUCUGAAUUAGAGAGAUGUGCGCAUUCGAGAGGUGUUCAUAUUAGAGAGGUAUACAUAAGGAGCUUUGACUGUUUAAGAAGUCAUAGGUCAGGGUGUGUCUGACUACAAAGUUAUCCUUACUCAUUUUAACACAUCCUAACUUGGCCUUUGUUCAUUCUGUAGUCACUAAGCCAGUUGGCUCAUGAGCUCUGUCAAGAAAAGUUAGAUCCCAGCAGCUUGAUUCAAGUCCAUUGGCCAAAAUCAAAGUAGGUCCAACAUCUUUUUAUACCAAAAUUAUUUAACGACAGGCCUUAUGUACUCAUGAUGCUUAACUCAUUAAGUUGCAUUGUGCCCUAAUGCAACAUAUUUUAACUGUAUUUUACUCUGCCUAAUGCCAGACAAUUGUACUUCUCAGGGAUGGAGCACUGGCGCUCAAUGUGUUAAUGUGUUGAUGACAUAAACUACAGUAUACCAAUAAAAAUUUCAAUACCCUAAUGUUUUUCAUGAAAUUUUUAAGGUGUGCAUUACUUCGGAAUGACAUUAUCCUUGUUGAUAGGUAUGUUAAUUGAGCCAUUUGAGCAGUUCUGUCCAGGAAAUAUUUUUCAACUUAUACUUUCUUUUCAUUGCUAUAGUCCAGGUAUUGAUGUUAGCCCAGAUUUGGACAGUUGGAUUGACAACUACUGCUUAGAUGCUGAUGUUUUUGUCUUGGUUGCGAAUGCAGAAUCAACUUUAAUGGUUACAGUAAGUGAAUGAACAGCUCUUAUCAUGUUUGAAGUUGGAGAAGGUGAGCAAGCUUUAGUAAUUCCUUGAUGUGAUCAUUUUGCAGGAAAAGAAGUUUUUCUCAAAAGUUAACCAGAAGUUGUCAAGGCCAAACAUAUUUAUUUUGAAUAACCGCUGGGACGCAUCUGCAUCGGAACCAUUUAUGGAAGCGGUAUGUCAGAUAAAUACAGGAUAUUACAUGGUGGCGCGAAGAUAUAUGACUUUUAUCUUCGAGUAGUGAAAACAAUAUUUUACGAAACAAGCGCAGUGAGUGAGUAAAAUAUUCUUUUUAACACGAGAAGAUAAAAGUCAGAUCUUCAAGCCACUGUGUAAUGUUCUGUUUAUUAUAUAGUCCCAAGCAAAAAAAUGUGAAAUUUCACGCUCAAAAGCAAAUUGUCAAAUUGUCACAUGAUCGAUAUCUUCACUAGUGAAUAUAUGGAAAAUAUCUCACUGUGUAUUUUUCAGUAUCUCACUAUAUAAUAAAUGUGGAUAUGAUCAUAUGAAAAUUGUAUUUAUAUAAGAGAUCAAGGGUACCUAGCUAUGAAUUUUUUUUGUACAGGUAAAAAACCAACAUCUGGAAAGAACAGUAAACUUUCUUGCAAAUGAACUACAGUGUGUGGAGAAAUCUCAAGCUGAAGAUAGAGUAUUUUUUGUAUCAGCUAAAGAGGUACCUGGUGGUUGUUUAAGAUCCUGUCAGAAUCGUAAACAGGAUUCUAUCAGUCGCAUCAGACUUUGUUCACUGGUUCUUAAUAACAGCAGGAUUGUAAAUUGGGAUCCUUAAGGCUCAUGGGAGAAGAUUUUUAUCAAGAUUUAGAUCGUAUAUUCUUGUCAGGUUCCUUAAGCGUGGUUUCAUUUAAGAUACAGUAACUUAAAGAUCUUGUUAAUAUCCUGUUGAAGAUUCCUACCAUGAAUGUACAGUUAGUCAUAUUUUAUCUCUUGUAGACUUUAACGAAAAGGAUACAGGAAAACCAGGGAAUGCCUGAUGCAGGUGUGGCAAUAUUUCAUCAUAUCAUAUAGUCAAUUGUCCAAUAAGAAGACUAAUACUAAUCUAUAUAUUUAUUAUAUAUAUAUAUAUAGUAUAUAAUACAGGUAUAUAUUAAUUUUCAGGAGCGGCUAUCCAUGCUGAAGGAUUCCAAGCGCGUCUCAUGGAAUUUGAACAUUUUGAAAGAAAAUUUGAGGUAAGCAGAACACACAAUUUGUUAACUUGUUGACUGAAAUCUGACGCUAAUGAAAAAGAUUUUUCUUUAGGAAUGUAUUUCAAAGUCUGCUAUUCAGACAAAGUUUGAAUCUCAUGCUGUCCAAGGUAUGCAGACUACAGGUUUAGUGAGGAAGAUUAUGGAAAAAAUCGAAGCAAAAUCCAAAGCGGAAAGGUAGAGUACAUUUAUUAUUCAUGUUAACUCAAAAUUUGGUUAUAUUUCUGUGUGUAAAAUGAUAAGAAAGUAUUUUUCCAGUAUAGACGAUUGAAAUUGAUUAUGGUUUCAGUGACAAACUUAUGUUUGCAAAUCGUCUUGAAUCGCCCGAAGUCUCUUUAGCCCUAAAUUGCCUUUAAGUCACCUUAAGUCGCUACUACUUUCCUCACUUGUUUUUUAAUUGCUCGCAAUCUUUUUGCGUCGCCCAAAGUCACGAAUGACAAUAACUGCUGACUCAGUUGUAUGAAUACAGAAUCCUACUCAGGUGAGCUUAUAAACAGGCCCUUUAGAGAAGUUUUUUGUUUGUUCUAGAUCAAAGUGUAUAGAAGAAAAGAGUGGUUGGGAGGAAAGGCUGGCAAUGAUGAAAGAAAAACUUGAUCUCAUCAGCCAUGAAUGCAAGAAUAAAAUAAAGGAAAUUAAAGAGCAAGUUGAACACCAGGUCUGUUUACAUGCAAAGAUUUGGGGCGAACGUCUUGACGCUUUAUAAUAAUUGACCACAGUUUGUUUUAAAUUGAGGGGCUCGAGAAGUCUCCAUGGACCUAAAGACGAAAACAGUUCAUCAAUGUUAGAGUUAACCAGUAUAAAUUAAGUUCGUUUAGUUUUGUUUUCCAUCAGAGCAUUUUGAUGUGAACUCUAUCAUCCACGUAUAUGUUUCAGGUAGCUCAAGCCAUGAGUGCUGAGAUCAACCAGUUGGAAAUAUUGGUUAACCAAUUCGAUCAUCCAUUCCACACACAUUCUGGAUUUAUCAGAACUUAUAAACGGGAGCUGCAUACCCAUAUUGAAAAUGGCCUCGGUCGAAAUCUUACAGCAAGGUGUGGAUCAGCUCUGUCUCAGUCUAUUGAAGAAACCAAUAAAUCAAUGACAGGUACAAUAAGACAUUCAAUGUUUUAUUUGGGAGUCAUUUUUCACUUUUACAGUUUCACUUGAUAUCAAAGACGCAAAAAUCAAUCCCUCCAGUUGUUGACAUACCGCUUUGAACAACAUGUUUGGAUUACAGUUACACAGAGAAAAGUUCAAAUUUGACUUCCACCACCGACUCUCUCUAUUGUAUCUUGUAUAAACAACUACUUUGGAGUUAAUUUUGGUUUUUCUACAUUUUUAGACCGACUGGUUGCUCUUUUACCACCAGAAUAUCCCCACGAAGUGAUGGAAAUAUCAAAUUCCAGGUAUGUGUCUUGGGCAUAUAUCUUACAAUAAUACUUUAAUAAGUUUCGUUAUUCUGUCGUUUAUUUACAGUACAUUUGUACCAAGUAUUGUUACUUUUCAUUUUAGACACGAGUUUGAAGUAUCCUAUCAAAUGGAUAUUCACAAUAUCUGUUCAGAUUUUCAAGAGGAUUUACUAUUUCAUUUUUCUCUUGGUUGGCGGACAAUGUUAAGAAAGUUUCUGGCUCCAUAUAACAGGAGAUUGGCAAUUGUACUGGGAGCAGAUGUAGGUUAAUACUUAAUAGUCCAUUAGUCACAUAGUGUAAGACUAUUGUCAUAUAGUCACAUAGUGUAAGACUAUUGUCAAAACUAUAGUCGUAUAGUCCACGACUAUAGUCAUAUAAUCCAAGACUAUAGUUAUAUAGUCCAAGAAUAUAGUCAUAUAAUCCAAGACUAUAGUCAUAUAGUCCAAGAAUAUAGUCAUAUACUGUAGUUUAAGAAUAUGGUCGUAUAGUGCAAGACUAUAGGUAAUGACUAUUGAAGUUCAGGUCGAGAUUUUUAUUAUGAUUAACAGACUAUAAUAUUCUUUAAACUGCAUUAAGCAGAUAUGAACAUCUAGAGAAUAGCUUCUGUACUUAAAUUAAUAAAGUUAUUCAUUUUCCAGCUACCAGUUAGUAAACCAAGCAGUCCAUUCAACCCUCAAUACAGAAGACAUGAUUUCCCAUCAACUUCCAGAUCUCCUCCCAGGUAUUCUAUUGUGUACAAUGUGUUGUCUUUUGUGGUUUUUCCAUUGAUUGUUGUCUACUGUUCGUUGUCUCCAUUGUUUUUUUCUAUUGUCCAUUUUUAUGAUCUACUAUAUAUUGUUUAUUGUCCGUUGUUUUUUCUCAAUUGUUUAUGUCCAUUGCCCAUUGGCUGUUGUUAUAUUUAGAGAGUUAAGGCUUUGUGUCGACAAACGCCGGCCAAAGAAAAAAUUUACGCUAUAAGGCAAUAAUGGACUUGUAAAGCAGCAAAUAAACUUUUUGUUUUAAAACUGUAAUGCAUAAUUAUUCUUUUGACAUAAGAAAAAAAAAUAGAAAGUGAACGAAAAUUCUGCUAUCGAAUUCAUGUCCAUAAACCAUUGUCCAUAAUCUGUUGCUUAUUUUCUAUUGCCACUUUACUGUGUUCACAUUGUUUACAUGUAUAAUACCAUUCAAUGUAUCUAGAUCUUUAUCUGACCAUGAUGAAGGCGAAACCAUCACACGACGUCGUAGUGACGAGAUGUUGAAAGACGAUGAAGUCACGUUGGCGGUUAUCCGUAAUAUUGCCUCGUUGUCAUCCAAUAGCGCCACUGGGAUUGUUAUUAUUGGCGGACUGGUGAGUUGUAAAUGACAUUGGCUAGCUUCAUCGCAGUAACACUGUUUUUUGGCAGUUAUUUGAAAUAAGAAUAUUUCGAUAGACUUUCAAAAUGGUAUGUCUUCAGGUAUGGCGAAUGGUCGGUUGGAAAUUGAUUCUUGGUUGUGGAGCUUUAUACGGUUCACUUUACGUCAUCGAAAGACUAAGGUGGACCAAUUCGGCAAAGGAGAGAACAUUUAAGAAUCAGGUAUAGUGGAUGACUGACGUGUAAAUUUCUUGGUUGAUUUAAUGUAUAUACUUUUCGCUUCAGUAACCAGCUUGGUUCAUACGUAAUUUUAGUACGCAGUGAUAAUCAAUUUUGUGCAGUGAUAAAUUGAACGUGUGCAGUGAUAAACCGUAAAAACGUGCAGUGAUAACAUGUUGUGAUCUUUAUCUUGCAAUGGAUUACUUUUAGUGGCCAAGCAGGGCUGUAUUUUCAGUCAAUCUAAAGUUUGUCGCCUGCAAAUUGUUCUCGAGGGUACCAGUAAUCUACGGACUGGCAGACCCCCGUAUUGCUUAAUCAAGGAAAUUUCACUUCCUGCAACAUGUGAUUAUCAGAAGACCGGUUUGACUGUAUCUCACCUCGGUGCUGGGGUCCCCUCCUGUAGGAACACUGAACCGAUGAGGGAUGGGAAGAGUUGAGACCUGAUAGAGUUAUCAGUAUUAGUUAUUGACAAAUAAAAUUUGUUUUAGUUUGUAUCCUUUGCCGCUGAUCGUCUUCAACUGGUCGUCAGUAUGACAAGCUCUAACUGCAGUCAACAAGUUAUGCAGUAAGUAAACAACAAUGAAGAAUUUUAGACUUUUGUACCUCGACGAUACAUGCAUAAGGGACGUGUUUCCACAACUGGCCAUUAAGAUUUAUAUUUCCUAACUAUUUCAGGGAGUUAUCGUCGACAUUCAUUAAGUUGUGUGAUCUUGUGGACGCAGCAAAGAAAAAGGUCGAGAAUGAGAUUUCUAAACUGAGUGAGAAAAUUGCUGAUUUAGAGAAAGCUGAAAGUCAAGCUCGUAUUUUAGGGUUAGUAUAACAAUUAAACACUCCCCAUUUUCUCUGGUACUUCUGUUUCCCCUAUUGUGGUAUCACUAGACCAACCAAGGAUGGGCCUUAUAAUUACUGGACCUGUAACGAGAACAGUUUGGAAUUUUAAAUAGAGCGGUCCAGUAUAAAUAAAGUUCUAGAGAGAACAGUUUAUUUUAGGCAUAAAUAGUAUAGCUGUCCAGUAUAGAUAAAGUUGUAGUCUCUAUACUAGAUUUAAUUUACACUGGCUUCCUCAAUUUCCAGGAACAAAGCGCGCUGGUUAGAAGAUCAGUUGAGCAACUUUAUUCGUGAGUUUGGUUUAACAAGGAGUAAAAUUUAACCUGAGGCUACUUGGACAGGAGGUGCGUAGCACAUGGAAUUAUAUGGUAUUUAAAGAUAUACUGUAGUAUACUGUAGGCAUCCAGCAUGAAAAUAUUUAUAAAAUGUCUGAUUGUUUUAAUCUUGUAUUGCCGCUAUACUAUGGCUGUUUUAGCUUAGGGAUUUUCAAAACUAGUACCAUUUACAAUUGUCCAUAAUCACUGUGCCAAUAGAAGAGACGAAAGAAAAACUAAAGACAUAUUUAUAAUUUGAGGAUGCUAUGUACGAAUAAAGUGAAUGACAUAAAUGACUUUAUGCAUUAUAUUGGCAAAUCAUUUUGGGUAAGAGAGAUACAAUUACAUGAAAAGUAUAAUGUUCGAUGUUUCAAAAAGGUUAAGCCUGCUGCCCACGAGAAAAACUUGCUGAGCUAACCGCCUCGCGUGGCAGCUACAAUCCUGGCAAAAAUUAUGUGGACACCUAACUUUCCUAACGCCAAUAUUAACAUUGAGACGUUCUUUCGUGAAAUUUGUCACCCCCUGCCCCCUAUUCAAUGUUGUUUCUCGCAUUCAAAUUUUAAAAGUUUCAUUUACCAACAUUGAGUUGGGGGUAGGAGGGGGAGAAAUUUUCUGGCGGAUUAAUUAUGUAGAAAUAUAUCUAUUUUUGUUUGACGCACGCGCUGUCCACGAUAAUUUUUGCCAGGAUUGUAGCUCAGCAAGUUUCUCUCGUGUGCACAUAAUUUUCGUGAGGAUUUGACUUCUCGAGGCCUUGAGGAAAAUAUCUAUUGUGUUUGAUAUUUUUCACCUCGCGAGGAAAAAUCUCAACGUCUGCGGAUAUUGCGAGCUUAGUGCUGAGCUGCUUGAAUCAAUUAGCCAAUGAGAAACCAUAGUUUCUUCAUGUGACGUUGAACAAAACGAUUUUGUCAAUUAUGUGAGUUUUUUUUCUGUGUUGGUGUAGUGUACUCAGGUGAAUAUGAUACUUGUGGUGUUACUCUGAGUGUAUAUCCACACCGGGCGAGCUUGAAAAAUAUGCCCGGCCACGGUGGGAUUCGAACCUACGACCUUUGGAAUACUAGCCCAAUGCUCUUCCAACUGAGCUACGCGGUCAGGACGGUUCGAGUAAGUGAUAUUUCGGAACAGAAUCUAGUUCCUUCGAUACCAAUUAUGUUGUUGUUGAGCAGUUUUCCAACGUGUGCGGUGAAAAUGCAUAGCUGAGCUAGCCGAGUCGGUUAGCUCAGCAAGUUUCUUUCAUGUGCGGCAGGCUUUAAGAACAUUCUUUAAGGGGAAUGCGAUAGAACGGUGUACGGUGUAGUGUGCUACUGCAAAAACGUCUUGGCAUAUAUAGUAUCGUACAGAAGCAUUAGAUAUAUAUAGUUUACGGACUAAUUGUCCCUCAGGCUUGUGAAUGAAUUUAAAUAUUUCUAAAUAUUCGACAUAAAAACAACGGGUAUAUAUUUUACAAUUCCAAAUACAAUAAUAUUCUACUCUCUACUAACUAAAAUACUCAAUUUUCGUCAUCUGUAGUUGCUAAAUAUUCCAAUGUCAAAGUCUUACUCCUUUGUUUAUGCUUUCUUGCAUCAUUGUUACCCACAAUGCUUCCUGAAGCCGAUUCCUCGUCCCCAGACCCCGCUUCUGUCUCUUGGUUCAGGGAACGAUCAUUGACAACAUCAGUUCUUGAGUCAUCUGUUUCAAAGCCAAAUUCCGCAUCCUGAUUGACUCCUCUGAUGUACUUUUCUAAGACAAUCGUAUCUGGAGAAACAGGUUCAGGAGAUUGUGUUUCUUCAGUGCUACGUUCCUCCACUGAAACAAA